AUGGAUGAUGACUCUCCUGAUGAUGGUGAUUGUGAUACUCAUCUUAAUCGUGGUGAGAUUCCACCAUAUGAUGAAAGGGUGAUGCACUUCAUGAAUGAUAUAGGGGAGGAAAAUGACGAUGACAAUGUUGAUCGAGAAGAUAAUGUUCAUAUUGGUAUUUGGAGUGAAUCAAAAAAUCAAAUUCGGCUAGGAAUGUUAUUUGACAGCAAGUCUCAAUUGCGGAAAGUCGUGACAUUAUGGUCUAUCAGUCAGAAUCGGGAGUUUAAGGUAGUUGAAAGAAGAAUCAAUACAUGGGUUGCAAAAUGCAAAGUGGUGCCGUCAGACAUAGAUUCUAACAGUGGGCCUGAGAAUUACAGGUCAUCGUGUCUUUGGUGUAUUCGUGCAGUUCAUAAGAAGACAUAUAAGAUGUGGCAAAUCACUCGAUGGGUGAAUAUGCACAAUUAUCUUGGCUCCAUCAGUGGCAAUAAUAAUAGAAAUUUGACUUCAGCUAUUAUUGCGUCUCACAUUAUCCAUCAAAUUGAGGUGAACCCUGAAUAUCCUGUAAAAAAUGUCCAGACAGAUAUUAAACAUUCAUUGCAUGUUGAUGUUUCAUACAAGAAGUGGCAUCAUCACCCAAGUAGCACUGAAAAUGUGAAAGUCUUCAAAUAUAUAUUUUGGGCAUUUGGACUAGCAAUUGAUGCAUUCUAUAUGUGUAGGUCGGUUAUCAGUGUUAAUGGUACACAUUUGCGAGGGGCUUAUAAGGGAAAGAUGCUUAUAGCUGUUUCUAAGGAUGCAAACAAUCAUAUAUUACCUGUUGCUUAUGCUAUAGUAGAUGAGGAGACUAUGGCUAGUUGGUGUUGGUUUUUUGAACAAUUUAGGUAUUAUGUGGCACAAGGUAAACAAUUAUGUGUUAUUUCUGAUAGACACCAUGGUAUUAUUCAUGCUAUGUCAAAUUUAGAGGAAUGGAAGGAACCAAUUGCAUAUCAUAGAUUUUGCCUUCGACAUGUUCGAAGUAAUUUCAUGACAAAGUUUAAGAAUAUCACUUUGAAACAUUAUUGUUGGGCUAUUGACAGUACUACUCCAAGACGGGAAUUCAACAGAUUUAAGAGACAGAUUAUGGCACUUGAUCCAGCGGCAUGGCAGUAUUUGAGAGAUAUUGGCAUAAGGCAGUGGAGUCUUGCUUACGAUGGUAACCAUCGAUGGGGAUGUCUCACAACAAACACUUCUGAGAGUUUGAACAAUGUUUUGCGAGGGGCUAGAUUGUUGCCAAUUAAGGCAUGUAUUGAUCUGUCAUUUCAUAGAACUGUUAAACUUUUUCAAAGGUAUAAACAGGUAGUCCAUCAUUGUAAUACAACCCUCUUGCCACAUCAUUGGAGCAAAUUCAUGGAGGCUGAAAGACAUGCACAAGGACAUCACAUUGAUGAGUUUAACUAUACAGAUGGAGUGUACAAGAUUGUAACAACAAGACAAUUGAAUGGUAAAGGUGGUCAUGUACACACGGUUCCUUACUAUGAAAAAGAUUGCACAUGUGGAAAGUGGCAGAUGCAUAGAUUUCCAUGUUCACAUGCAAUUGCUGUUUGCCGACAUAGAGGGGAUAAUGCUAUUGACCUUGUGGACGAAGUUCACACCACAAAGACUUACAUGGCACAAUAUUCUGGCAAGUUUUAUCCUAUUCAUCAUAAGGAUUAUUGGACAAAUCCAGGUUGGGAGAUUCAAGCAGAUUACUCAAUAUUGAUCAAUCAUGGGCCGGGUCGGAGACGUGAAAGUCGAAUACAAAAUGAGAUGGAUCUGAGGCACCCUGAUGAACCUCGUAGAUGUGGAAGAUGCCACCAAACUGGCCACAACAAGAGAAAUUGUCAAAAUACACACCUCAGGGUUGAUAAUGAAGUUGAUAGUUGA